UGUAAUUACUCUAAGACCCAUUAAGUUACCGCAUAUAUAUUCGAUAUUAAAAAGAUUUAUUACAAUGAAACAGUCAAAUUAUCACUAUCGUGGUGAUGGCGAAUGGUUAAAAUGUUUCUGUGUUGUACUUGCGCGAGUUUCAACUUGAGAACAAUGAGGCGAAAGUAGCUGGAAACAUAAAUUUCUGAUUUACAGAAGAUCAAAAGCAUCGUCUAUCCCAUCUCAGAGUACGGCAAAUUAUCUCGGUAGAUGAAGAAUACCCAACAACUUUGUACAAUUCUGGAAUAAUACAGCUAUUUUAAUUAAAUUUGCCACGCUUGAAAAAAACCAUGUAUAUUCUCCUGAAGCUUUAUUUUAUUAAAACCAAAAUUUCAUAUGCUGCAGCCUGAUACGUACAUUUUUGCGAGUGCUUGCUCCCUAAACUCUCGAGAAACUUUGUUUACGCGCGACAGGUGGCGAGGAACGUGAUCAGCCAACAAAUUACACGUUUCACUUUCCUUUGUAACACGGCGAGCGCAUAUGAUGGACCUGUAACGAACACGGGAAGAAAAUUUACCGAGGACACGUAAAUAUCGAGGAAAAUUCUAGAUAUGCCGUGUUUGGCGCCGCGAGAUAUCGGACGAGCGACGAACGGGGCGCGCGUGUUCCAGCUUGCAGCUAUUUUUAUUCAUUAUUCUCGGUCUGUCAGCAGGUGUAUUUGAGCGAAGGGAACAAGAUGGGCGAGAGAAUGAAUCUCCGGCCCGUUUCAAAUAUCGAUCGAAAUGUAACACGCCACGGAAUCUAUUAACGUUUCCCUGGCAAUAUCGCAUUCUCCAUCUUAAAGAACAGAUUGAAUUCCGUGCGAUUCCAGCAGACGAAGCGUGCCUUCAUUUCGCCAUGGAUCAUUGCUUACGAUAAUACGGUUCCCGAGCAACGAAACAACGAAGAAUCGGAACAUGAAAUCGACAGAAAUUAAUCGUACUUUCUUUUUUGAUGUCACGACCUUCUGCUUUUACACGUAGCACCUCUUUCGACAACGCUGGCUCGAAGAUGAAAUUCGAUAAAUUUUCCGGUAUAGAAAAAUUGCUGGCAAACCGAUCGACAUUGAUAACCAACGAACGUGUUCGUUCGAGUUUAGGGAGCAGGUGGCUCGAAGGAGAAAAUUGGCUACGAGAUUCUAUGAAAAUAGAAGACGCGAAGUACGCUAAUUAUAUACCUUCAUAAAGGGAGCAGGCUCGACAACAUGAAUUCGAGCGGGGAAUCUAGCGGCACGAUGACCGAAGACUACGAGGUAACAGGCUGCGGCCCGUCGGAAGAGGAAACAGGAUCAAACUUGCCAGUUUGGGAAGCCGCAGCCGCCUCUUUGACACUAGGCUUCCUCGUUCUGGCUACGGUACUCGGCAACGCGUUGGUGAUCCUCAGUGUGUUCACCUACAGACCUCUGCGAAUCGUUCAGAACUUCUUCAUCGUCUCGCUGGCGGUCGCCGAUCUCGCGGUCGCCAUUUUAGUGAUGCCUUUCAACGUCGCCUAUCUUCUUCUGGGCAAGUGGAUCUUCGGUAUACACCUUUGUAAACUGUGGUUAACCUGCGACGUGCUCUGUUGCACCGCAAGUAUACUGAAUCUGUGCGCGAUCGCGCUCGAUCGUUAUUGGGCUAUCACCGAUCCUAUCAAUUACGCGCAGAAACGAACGCUGAAGAGAGUUCUAGCGACGAUAGCGGGCGUGUGGAUAUUGUCCGGUGCGAUCAGUUCGCCGCCUUUGAUUGGUUGGAACGAUUGGCCGGAAGAAUUGGAGCCAGGGACACCCUGUCAGUUAACCAGAAGACAGGGCUACGUGAUUUACUCGUCGUUAGGCUCGUUCUUUAUUCCUCUGUUGUUGAUGAGUCUGGUGUAUCUCGAGAUCUUCCUAGCGACGAGAAGAAGACUGAGAGAACGAGCCAGGCAAAGUAGAAUAAACGCCGUGCAAUCCACCAGACAUCGCGAGGUGGACGACGCGGAAGAGUCUGUCAGUUCGGAAACUAACCAUAACGAAAGAUCGACGCCUCGAUCGCACGCCAAACCAUCGUUGAUCGACGACGAACCGACCGAGGUAACGAUAGGAGGUGGCGGCACCGUGACCACGUCCUCCUCCAGGAGGACAACCGGUGGCCGAGCACCGGCGACAACCACCACCGUGUAUCAAUUCAUCGAGGAACGACAAAGAAUCUCGUUGUCGAAGGAGAGACGGGCUGCGAGAACGCUGGGCGUGAUCAUGGGCGUUUUCGUUGUCUGCUGGCUACCAUUCUUCCUCAUGUAUGUGAUCGUACCGUUCUGUCCGGCUUGUUGUCCAUCGGAUCGGAUGGUCUAUUUCAUCACGUGGCUCGGUUACGUGAACAGCGCGCUGAAUCCGCUCAUCUACACCAUCUUCAAUCUCGACUAUAGAAGAGCGUUCAGAAAGCUGCUGCGCAUUCGUUGAAUCACGAACCGGCUGCUUAGUUCUAUUCCGAGACUGUGAGAGACAUAGUUGUUCGUUCUUGUUGCCGUUACGCUCGCCGAGUACACCGUGAACGACAGCGAAACUUCGACCCGCCUGAGAACGGUCGUCGAGCAAGACGACAACAACCACGCGAACAUCGCAGUUCGACCGGAGUUUUUCCGGACCGAGAUCGAGGACGAUGAAGGCGGAUGCGCUGGUCGAUCAGCCACGCUACCACCAUCGUCGUUUCGCACUUUUUUUCGCGCCACGAGACGGUAUAUGGCUUCGUGGUUCCACGAUGCUACGAGGUCAUGGACAAAUUUGAACGAAAACGUGUUUCGCGUUUGCUGAGUGAAAAUCUAUCGGUACAUGGCGCGGACGACGACGUAUCGCGACGGCCGUGCACAAUUUACAGACGUUAGAUGAAUUUUCAAUGGCACGAACGUCGAUUUUACCCGGACGAGAUAACGAGAGCGAAGCAAACUGCGAGUUCCAAUCGCGCGGCAUAGAUUAAGCGACCAAACGGCGAACACGAUAGUCUAAUUUACCGGCGAUAUUCUCGCAAAAGGUCGUUUCAUUAAAGUUGUUCCAUUAAUUCUGCAAAGCGAGCGAGGGAGCAAGGCGCGCGGAUAAGGAAUCUUAAGGAAAUGAAAUCUCCAAGCUGGAUGGUCCCCCGAUCGUUCGUUCCUUUCGUUGAGCGUCGUUACUUGGGUGCUUUAAGUCGUAGAAUAAACUCGCAGUGGACCUUCGUUUCGCGAACAAUCACAGCAGAACGAAUUCGAUCCGUUCAACGCUCGUUCGAUCGGUCGGUCGGGCUCGUCCAAACAGGUAGUCGAUUCACUCCGAUGCAUUGAAUAGGCAACGUUUUCAAGUAGUAUGAGUCGCGUAGAGAUUCGACCGCGGCGUCGAGUCGAUCGUUCCAUUUUCUAUCGAGUCUCGUAAAAUAUCGCUCCCCUGGGAACAGAAGAAUUUCAAGAUGCCUGAUGAAUCGAUGGGAAUACGAGCCUUUCGAAUUUCCUCUUCGCGCAGCUUUCCAGCUUUUUUCUCGCGAUACUCGCGGAUAAAGAGUCGAGAUUCGUUUCCGCCUCUCCUUUUCUCCAGUUCGAUCGAGUUCUAAAAUAAUACGAGAGAAGGUGGAAACGAUGGAUCGGACGACGACGCGUCGAUGAGAACCGAAACACGGCCAGUGCGUUCUUCUCGUUUGCCACUCUCAAAGAGAUUCUCGUUUACGAAUAGGAAUUUUCUACGAAAUCGACCAAGACGAUUAAGACGUUUAGAAGAUAGAAUAUACGUUUCCUAGGGUGGUAUACGCGCUCGUAAUGUAACUCACUUACCGAAUGAGAUCGUGCACAAGGCGGAUACAACUCGUUCGAGAUUCUCUGGCGCUCUUUUAAUAGCAAAAAACGAGCGGGGAUUAAUUCGCGGAACAAUAGACACGGUUACCUCCCUCUUUGCCGAUGAUCGUUCUCUUAAAUAGUCCUCGUAAAAAGAACGUUUUGUUUAAAGUCAGCUGCUUCGCUUCGUCCACGUUCAACCUUGCAUUCUUCAAAGAAUCUUCUGGACAAAGUGUCGCCGAGACUUCUAAAUUCAUGGUCGGGCAACCGGUUGAAAAUAUCUCGAGACUCGACAGUUGCAAUCGAAUCGAGGUUGGACUUUUUUUUUUAGAAAUUACUUUUUAAUUAGAUAAGCAAUGUUAAGCUAUCGAGUUCGGGUAAUUCUUUGUAUCGGUGAUGGUUUGCUGUUAAUUUUGAAAGGAAGCGUUCGAAAUCGUCGAACAGGUUAAUUUUUGUACCGAUAGAGAAAUCUCGCACAUAUAUCCGUAGAAUCGAGAACGGGGUAUGUGAUGGACGAGUGGAGCUCGUUAGCCGGGUCGUUGUAACGAGAUCAACGUGGUUGAUUGUUGUCGAUUUUUCUUGGAGCGUGGUCGAGGUUUCGAGGAAAAACUUUCACUGGAGCAUCGAUCCUCCCAGGAGGAGAAAAAGCAAAGAGCAAAGAGUUUGGUAUUUUCUUGGCAACGAUAACGAGCGAGAGAUGUCGCGCAUUCUUAAAUGUACGGUAGACGUUACUCGCUCCGUUCGUUAUUAAUCGCAAGUGUUAUGGUUGUGAAUAUCGAUAACGAAGAAUCCAAGUGCGAGAAGAAAAAGUUUACCGUUAAUAGAGAAGAAGAAAAAAAGGUGAAAAAAGCGAGCUAAGGAAAGAAAAAGGACGCGUCGCGUCGGUUCGCUAUCGACGAGGACGUCAACGAUUCAACGCGAAGUUACGUUCGUAACACGUAUAGACGCACCAAAGGAAGAAAUUAUGCGACACGAGUAGGACAAUGUUGCGGCUGUCUGCAUGUGUCUGUGUAUAAAAAUUAUAUGUAAGUCGCCUCCAGUCUUCUUUCCACGAGCAGCGAUAGCGAGCACACGAAUCGUGCACGAAACGGAAGCGCUCGUACGCGAAGAAAAUCGAAAAAGUUGCCUCUUCGUGCCUCAACGUUCGCCGGUCCUUUAAUUAAGUAAAAGCUCUGGCGUUCGUCGAGCGUGAAAAAGAAAGCCUCGUAUACUCGAUACAUAUCGAUGGUUCGGACAGUGAAUAACGAUACGCGAUCGUUUACCGAGCACAGCGAUUCGUGGUAUAAUAAUAUAAUGGUACGCGCGAAUCAGUUCGUUAAUAGGACACGGGGAACAACGCGCGCCGCUGAUGAAACACGGCAUAACGUAUCGUCGUAUCGGCGAAUGAUUGAAGCGCGAGGAGUUAAAUUAAAACGAGUCGUUACCGAUCAACGAGGGAACAGGUGACACGUUUACCGUCCCCUCGAGUGUCGCGCCAAAUCGAAUAAAGUAACGGGAAAGUUAAAAAGGUAUAGAAUGGAGGGAAAAAGAUAAAAAAAGAAAAAGAAGAGAGAAAAACACAUGGCAAAAAAGAAAAGUAUCAGCGGCAGACGUAUCGUAGGUUACUGAUGCGAAAAGAGAUCGCGCGAAAGGCUGGUUAAUUCAAAAAACUCGACCUCGUCACCAGGGCGCUCUAUAAUAAGGUUGUGAUAAGGUUGUGAGAACACGUUCGUAGCCGUGCUACGGACGCUACAAGAUUUUUAAUUAUUAGGAUAGACAAAUGAAUAUUACUUUAUUCGUGGCACUGUCCAAACGCGGCACGAAUUCCUAUCCAAGAGUGAAUUAAGCGCGACUUUUCAACAGUUUUAAUUGGACGUUGAAUCCGAUCCCAGAUCUGCGUUUCUUUAAUCCUUUGCGUGGAUUUCCCUACGUUCUCGUUUCUUGCCUCGCUCUCUUCGCUUUGUCCUCUCCGUGUCAUCCAAUCGUCGUCAAGGUUACGAUCUUCUCUCCGUUCUCUUCCUCGCUUUUAAAAAUCACAAAUUUUUUCUUUUUCGUCUUCCGACUCUCCCCUUUUCUUUGUCUCGCUUCUUUUUCUUUUUUAUUUUAUACGCGUUUGUCCUUUUUUACGAUAAUAGAUUCUGGUAACGCGACAGUGAAUAUUACGAGAAGCUGACUCGAUUUCCAGCAAAGCUGGACUUCACAUUCUCUCGAAGUGCUCGUAAAACGUAAGCUAUAUCGCUCCCCUUCCAUCCCUGUUAAGCUCGGGAACGACGAGUCAGACUCGGUUAUCGCAAAUUUUCUCCAUUACCACUUUCACGUCGAUCGCAUACAUUCGAAUCGUUGACCAUACGAAGAGCGAAUUUCGCGAGCCACUGGUCACCGAUGAGACCGUUGUUCCUUUGCUUUCUCUAAUCAGCUAUUCCGAGACAAUUACUCGCUGCUACGUUAUUUCGACGAGACCGCCUUCUCUCUUGUUAGCUAUCUCAUUUAUGCAAGCUUUCGCAUUAUCUUUUUAAUACCAGCGAUAUUAUCUCGUUUUUAAUUCUCUUUUCCAACGGAAUAUCCGACGGUAGAGCAACACGUGUUACAACGCGUUCGCAUUUAAAAACGACCAGCGAUCAAUGCGCGAUACCCGCAUCGUAAAAAAGAGCUACGGGAAAUUUGUUCGCUGGUCGAUCUUUCUAUCGUUCGCUGUUCCAUCGAAGAAGAACGAAAGAAAUAUGCCAAACGAGAGACGCGAGCAAAAAACAAAUAAAAAACAUGAGAAUUGAAAAAAAAAAAGUACAUUUUACACAGCGUCCGGAAAAUCGUAUUUCCUGACUGACUGAUGCGUACGGGACGUGUUUUAUUUUUCACGGAAGGACACGUUUUCACCGGUUAUUUUUUCUUUUUUUUUCGAUUGUACGAAACAUUCGUUGCAGGAAAUACACGCGUGCCAUGGGCAAACGUGGCUAGAAUUAGCGUAAUUACGCGUUGUUGUACAAUUAGAAAAUUGUUUCGAACAAUAUCUGCCCCUACCAAUCGAUUCGUUCUCGUCCGUUUCCAUUUGUUCCUUCGUGUCCUGGCAGUUUGCGUGCCCUUUUACGCUUGUUUCACCGAUAGCCCGCGACAGCUCCGACGAAUAGUACACUCUCUUCACUGUCUUGUCGAACAACCGAACUGCGCCCAUAGAAUUUCAAAUUACUCGAUCCCGUAAUUCCUCUCCCUAUUUGUUUUUCUUCGCCUAUCUUUCCCGAACGUUUCGCCGGAAUUAUUCCAUCGCGAAACGACGCCGAACGAAAUCAAUUUCGUUCCAACGUUUUCAUCCCAGUCCUGUUGACUAAUUCGACGCAAACGGUGUAUUUCUUUCGUCGGUCGAAGGAAUUAGAGUCCGUCCCCCGAAUAAUACUUUCGAUAUUUAUCGAAACUUUUUACGUACGUAUAUAUACGUUGCAAUCACUUUCUAGAAUCUACACGGAUGUGUAACGUAUCGUUUAGAUGAGAGGCGAUCGUCUUCUAGCGGGGAAAAUGAUCGAAUUCGUAAGAUUUUGCUUGUCGUAAGAUCUCGCUGAUGGUUCUUGGAUGGGAAGUUCGGCAGUGCGUAGAAAUAUUAUUGUACUACAUGAUAUAUUACAUUAAAGCAUUGCAUUUACUUGUACAUCGGUAUCAGCAGAUUGAUUAUCGAGAAACGUAUCGCGGAUCGACGCGCAGGAUAAAUUCCUUCGUCCAUUUCUCUUUCUUCUAUAUCUCUUUUCACCAUUUACCUCUUUCCUCUUUGCCGAUCGUAUGCUUUGCAAAAUCGACCAGCAUACGGAUAUUUUUAAGAAAUUCUGUCCGAUUCGCGGCUUUUUUCCGCGACUGUUUUUUAUACGUUCGCCACACGAAAAGAAGCUGCAAAUUGAUCCGCGAUAUUCCACGACGAUCUUAUAUAUAUAUACAUAUAAAUUAUUACGUAAAAUUGGGCCUGGUCGCCCGAUCGAGAGAAACACUACGCUAGAUACGUAUAACAUAUACAUAAAUAUAUUAUAUAUAUAUAUAUAUAUACACAUCUAGUUAUUAAACUAAUACUCCAUUGGUUGUGAUUUACAAGUAUAGCAAUACAACUCGAGUCCGGCGAACCGAUUCGCGCCAUGGAGCUUCUCUCUCCGAACGAAUUUAUUACAUUAAACGCGUGUCCCGGUGGAGCGAAUUUUUCGAGGACGUUUAACGUCGAGCGUAAUUUUACAGACUUGUCUCCUAAUUUAAAAGCCCGUGUUCGCAGUUUAAAAGUAGCCAGUAAACCAUCCAAGUAAUUUAAGACUACGCCCGCGUCGUUUAACGAUAGCCAUUCGUUUGGUACGUUUUGUGCAUUUGUCACUUGUAAAUCCGUUACAACGGAAAAUAGAAAAAUUCGUACGCUUGAAAAGCAUGCACACCGUUCGUUAUACCGUAGAUAACAUUAUAACCGAAACAUCGCGCGACAAACGCGUACUCUAAAUCAACGGAUUUUUAUCUGCCCUCCCGAUGUUAAUUAAAUAUUCACGCGAGGACACGCUGAUGAAAUAAAAUCGUUGACGAAGUUAGCCCACCCUGCCGCCGCAUUUCAAGCGUGUUCGUUUGCAUAUAAAAAUUUCAAAAAUACCUCGAAACGUGGUUCUUGCUCUUUCGAUCGCCGUUCCCGCGACAAGCUUGCUUUCAAAUCCGCUUGAUAAAUUCUCGUAAACCCGUUCGUUGCGGCUCGAUCGUCGCGCACGAGGACGAGAUUGCUCGCGAACGUUCCUGGCAAACGGAGAAUUUUCUUCAGCCAGUAGCCCAAACUCGAGCAUAGCGACCGAUCGACCAUCGGCUCCUUCGAACGCGCUUACCAAAUAAUCGGCAACCUCUGCGUACGCGCGUGCUUUGAUCGAUGUCACUGUCGAUCGCGAAGGUUUUAACGAACUCGAACGAUUACAUUCGUCGAUACGAAGAAAGAAAAAACAAUGAAUCUCGAUCGUACGACGAGUGGCAUCUAGUUUUAUUUAAGACGAAGGGCAAAGGAGAAAAGGCUCCGAUCGCGCCCCGGAAGCACGGACCAUCGAGCGUUCAUGCGAGCCUGCCGCUUGAGUGUGUAAAUAUUCAAAGAAUAUCGACGAAGAAGAUACCAAAAAAUGCAUUCGUGUAGGUGUACAACUAGUAUGUGGAGCGUAGCGUGAAUGGUAAAUCGAUCGAAGCGAUCGUCGGUUGUCUUCUCGAACGUGGGCAACCUUGUUAAACCGGAAGCGAAAAAAUCACUGUCGAUGCAUCGGAGGACGCACGGAAUUUCCACGCGGAUGCAGCGUGGCAAUUCUUUAAACGUUUCACGUAUAUUCGAUCUUCGUUAUUGGCGCGCAUUCGCUACUUUGAAAAAGUAGAAGAAACGGAAUAAAGUAAAAGGAAAGAGCAGAGGAGAGAUACACAGAGUGGGAAUUUUCAAGCUCGUACGAGAUUCGUUACUUUCGGACCGAAUACGCCUCUCUGUGUCAUCCACGAAGCCCCAAUAUCGCAAAGUGCCCUUCGCGGUGAAUCACUUUAAUUAUUUUCAAGCCGGAAGUCCCGCGUAUCUAAUUUCCAUAUUUCGUAUUUCGCGUUUCACGUGGAUUAACCCUGCACCACCACCAUCACCGGAGUGGCGUAUAGACAGCUCGACUAUACGGUUCUCGUCCAAUUUUACGACCUUUAAGCUUCGUUUGAAUACGCGAUCCUUGAACAAACACGCGAAAUGCGUCGGAUCUAACCAGAUUUGCUAGAAAACUUUGUUCACAGUCUCUUUCCUUUAUACUUCUUUUUCUUCUUUUACCACAGACGUGGUUCUCUUUGCUUAAAUUCCGUCGAACAACAAUUAUUUUGCCAAUAGCUGUCUUAUUUAUUCGCGCGAUUCUUCGUUAUUCGCGUAUUGCUCGUUCCUAUCUCAUAGGAAAUGGCGCGACCAAUCAUUUCUGCUAUAUCUCUGCAUCGGAAUAUUCGUGUCAUAAUUAUUCCGAGAAUAAACGCGUUACAUUUCCAUAGCAAUAUUUUUAAUCGCUGAAAUACGCAGGGUUUAAUUACACGGAAAUUAUGCGCGACGAUUUUUUUAAAAGAUCGUUCGUGGAUAAUAGGGGAAAAAAUAGGGGAAACACGGUUGUUAUCGUUGUCCAUUGCGAACGGUUUUUGACUCUGGAUUUUCGUGCGUCCGCCGUGUGAACGAAAAAUGAGAAAGAAAUAAAAAAGAUACGCAAGAAAAAAUAUGUAUAUAUAUACACAAACACACACGCGCACACACGCAUACCAGUAUAUACCAGUAAAAUGUGGAAACCCUU